GUGGAUCGGUCAGAACCGCAUUUGGGAUGGUGUAGUGGAGGGUGCAGAGCCAGAGGAGAGGAGCUUUAAGCUGAAGAUGCAGGUGUCAGCAUGGCUGCUGUGGGUGGCAUGGCUGUGUACCUGGACCGAGGCGGCAUGCCAGUGCCAAUGCCAGUGCGCAUGCCCACCUGAGGAGCAGGUGGCGCAGAGAUCAGAGAGGUCGGAGGGGAGAGGGCACCUUCGUCACCGCCUGGCACACCAGCGGGCGACACACAGGGACAGGGCCAAUCGCAGGAAAGGUUCCAGGCCUGUUUCAGAUAGCGGCGUCCCACGUAUCGUCCACCAUCCCUCUGAUGUGGUGGUCCGGGUGGGCAGUCCGGCCACACUGUCCUGCAGGGCAGAGGGCAACCCUGAGCCCACCAUCCAGUGGCUCAGAAAUGGCCAACCUCUUGACACGGACAAGAUGGAUGCACAGUCACAGCCUAUCGUUUUGCCAGAAGGAAGUUUGUUCUUCUUCAGUGUCGUUCCUGGUCGAAAGAGUCAGUCCCAUGAAGCGGUGUACGCCUGUGUGGCUCGCAACAGUGCUGGGGUCGCGACGAGCAGAAAUGCCUCCCUUCAUAUAGCAGCUCUGCGAGAAGGGUUCCGUGUGCAGCCCAGUGACGUGGAGGUGGCGGUUGGCGAGGUGGCUGUGAUGAACUGCAGCCCACCUGUUGGACAUCCUGAGCCCAACGUAACCUGGAGGAAAGAUGGGAUCCUAAUCAACAGCAGCAAUGAACAGUACACUGAACUGAAUGGUAAACUGAUCAUUGCUCCGGCCCAGAAGAAUGACUCUGGAGUUUACAGCUGUAUAGCCUCAAACACAGUUGGAGUGAGAGAGAGCCGAGCGGCUCGGCUGUCUGUAUUAGCUAAGCCAGUGUUACUGCAUAAACCAGAGGAUGUUUCAGUGCAGCUUGGAGCAUCUGCACAGUUUUUCUGUGAAGCCGAUGGAGACCCCAUGCCUUCUGUAGAGUGGAGCCGAGAAAAAGGACCUCUACCCAAUGGCAGAUAUUUAAUCAACCCCGACCACAGUCUGCAAAUCCACUAUGUGACGGCUCAGGACAUGGGCAAGUACACCUGCACUGCGGAAAAUAAGCUUGGGAUGUCUGUGGCCAGCGCACAGCUUCUUGUAGAGGACGUAGGAAGCACCAGACUGAGAGACCUACACAAAGAGCUGUCUGCCUUACGUGUGAACCUGGAGAACGUCACAGUUAUGAGUACCGCCUCCAACAUAUCUCAAGUCAUGUGGAAGUUGCAGUCGUCUGCAGUGUCACAGCCUCAUUAUCUUGAAGGCUUUGAGGUGCUGUAUCGCUCUCUCCUGCCGGCCAGCUCAGACUGGACAGCUCAAAGCGUUCCUCAGCCUGGCCUUCACACACAUGUGGGACCUCUGAAGAGAGGCUACAAGUAUGAGUUCAAAGUCCGACCCUAUGGCAGCAGCCUGUAUGGCAGGGAAAGCAACACCAGACACUUACGAGUGCCAGAGAUAGGAAAACUGUUCUGGGUCACGGUGGCUGCCGUUAAUGGGGCAGGAGUGGGGGUCCAAAGCAACCCAUACAAACUGCUCAUAGAGUUGAGGCAGGAGGCGACACCGUUUCAGACAGGCAUACUCAGUAUGUCUCAUUUCCUUGCUGUGAUUAAAGAGCCGGUAUUCAUCGGUAGCGUUGGCACCCUCCUGUGGUGUGUUUUGAUGAUUACUGCCGUGUUUUUGUACAGGAGACAUGUCAGACCCACCAACCUGGGAGGCAAACACUCAGGCUUAAUGGCGGCACCAGACUCUCCAUGGAUCUCUGGGGGCUGGAGGCCAGAUUCCAGCAGUGAGCCCAAGCAGGGCCUUUGGACCCCGAGUCAAGAGAACUCCGGCUUCCGGAGGACAACUCUGCCCAUUACGGCUAAAAAGGACCCCAACCCCCUGCGGUCAGCCGUCCCGAUUGUACCAGACAAUUGCGGCGUCUAUGGCACCUUUUAUGUGGAUCUAACCGGCAAUGGACUGAAGACGUUUAAUAGUCCAGGUCACUGUCCCAGAAUGCCUCACGGCAAAUCUCAGCUGCAUAACUCCGAGACCGUUCGGAUCACCGAACCCAUCGUCAAAACUGCCAUCGUGAGGGAAGUGCAGGCGUUGCCAUGGAAACGUGCCCUCCCUUCCCAGCCCAACAUGGGAGUUCUGAAGGAAUCGUGGGAGAAAAAUUACAAGCGUGAGCUGCAUGCGGUAAAAAGUGCCCCGUUAAUGCCUGUGAGUCAACGAGCAUUGGCAGUGUGCAGUGCACCGAGUACCCAUCAGCAAAGAUUCAGUCAGCACCCUGCAGGUGGUGUAUCAGAGCCUGUGAAGCCACUGAGUUCUCCGCGUAUCCUGCACUACUCUGCCUCUCUGCAGCUGGUGGACAUGUUACCCAGCCCUCCGCCUCUUCCUAUGGAGGACAACCACAGCCUCAGCUCAGAGGACGAGUCUACCAGAUCCACCAAGUUGACAGUUGACAUCGGAUCUCAGCAGUCUGUUUGUGCUGCCUCUGGGCUCCAGGGUCCCGCUACGGUUACUGCAGGCUGUCCAACCCACCACAGCCCAGCCCAGCCAAGCCCGUCCUACAGCCACCUGUCCACGGCCUCCUUCUGUCUCUCCACUGACGACUACCAGGACACCACGCUCAGUACUGAGGGCCACACUCAAUACAUGGAGAUCAGCCCCAAGCCACAGGGGCAAAGUGCGUCCCAUCAAAGUUCUCCUUCAAUGCCACGUCCGUUCUCUCCCACACCCACGUUUGGUUACAUCUGUGGGCCUGCCGACCAGGAGAUGGAUGACGAGCAGGAGUCUCAGGCAGUCGGCCUCAGAAGAGCCACACUGAGGAGCACGCCCUCAUCUUGUUGCAGCGAAUGGGAGGGUUCGUUGUGGAACGGCUGGGGUUCGGUGUCCGAAAGCAGUGUGACGAGCGCUCGAACCAGUAUCAUCAGCUCUUCUGACUGCUCGUUCAUAAACGAUGCGAACUUUGCCCGCGUCCUGGCUAUGACAGCCGAAUCCAUGAGUGGUACUUUAUCAGAUUUCUCCCCGCCUGCAUCCCCCCUGAGUGUUCUGUUCCCCCCUCGAGAGUGUUUUGGAGAGGUGGAGCCGCUGCCCGUGUGGGACUGGAGCACCGCGUGGGUGGAGGAGUUGGAGGCCCAGUUUAAAGCCUCCAGAGAGGCCAGAAGAACCCCCACAUCUAGCCGACACUCGGGCAUUGAGCACUAGAGAGGACAUCUGGAGAACCCCUCGCACCGAUGAUCGACUUGCACAUGCCUAGAGGUAGUUUAUGGACUACAUUUCCCUGCGUUCCUCAGGGCAACCCCCCUUCCUUGUAGUUUCGACGGACUUGGGUAUGUAGCAAGGUCAAUUAAGUAGAAGAACACACUGCUGCAAGGUACAAUAGGUGCAGUUUAUAUGCCACUUUCCAUAUGGACAGUUGAGUUGUACCACACCAUAAUAAAGACUAUUGUACAGGACGCUCAUGUUGGAAUUCAAAGAAAUGUAAAUAAACCAAUUUUAUUUAAUAAUCCUCCACAUACGAUUUUGUAAAAUCAUAUAUGCUUUUAUAUGACAGAGUUAUCUAAAAUACACAGGAAAUAUUAUUCAAGACGUUUUUGUAUUUUA